AUGACGUCUCCACAAGACAACAAAUCGGAUAGUAAGCCGAUUCCCAAACUCACCCCAUUCACAUACGAAAAUGAGGUGUACCAGGCCGGUCGCAAAGGCCAGAAACCCUCGAUAACCUUCAACUGCCUCGAUUGGGAAAACCUGGCCAAGGAUCGUCUGUCUGCAGAUUCUUAUGGAUAUGUUUCGGGAUCCGCCGGUACUCGUGAGACAGACGAUAAUAAUAAGAAAGCCUUCAAAAAAUGGGGGAUUGUGCCGUCACGCCUAGUCAAGAGUGACUUCCCAGACCUCAAAACGAAGCUUUUUGGCGAGACCUACGAUUAUCCGAUCGCCAUGGCACCGGUAGGCGUGCAGCGCAUUUUCCACCCUGAUGGGGAGACGGCAUCGGCGAAGGCUGCUGAGAAGGAGAACGUCCCCUACAUUCUCAGUACCGCAUCCUCCACGAGCAUCGAGGAUGUGGCCAAGGCCAAUGGGAACGGGCCGCGUUGGUAUCAACUCUACUGGCCUCUGAAUGAGAACAAUGAUAUCACGGUGAGCCUGCUCUCAAGAGCGAAGGCAGCAGGUUACAAGGUAUUGGUUGUAACCUUGGAUACGUACAUUCUUGGAUGGCGUCCCAGCGACCUGAACAAUGCAUACAACCCUUUCAUCCGUCCAGAUGACAUCGGUGUAGCACUGGGAUUCUCUGACCCUGUAUACCGCCGAAAGUUCGAGGAAGAACAUGGGAAACCCAUUGAGGGGGAUCUCGAAACUGCGGCCACCGAGUGGGCACACACCGUAUUCCCCGGUGUGAGUCACGGCUGGGAGGAUAUCAAAUUCCUCCAGGAGCACUGGGACGGUCCAAUCGUUUUAAAAGGAAUUCAGACGGUGGCGGACGCGAAGAAAGCGGUAGAUUAUGGCGUCCAGGGAAUCGUUGUGUCCAACCAUGGCGGACGACAACAGGAUGGGGGUAUUGCAUCGUUGGAUGUUUUGCCGGAGAUUGUGGACGCCGUGGGAGAUGAUUUGGAAAUUAUCUUUGACUCAGGUGUUCGCUGCGGUGCUGAUAUCGCAAAGGCAUUAGCACUUGGUGCAAAGAUGGUCCUGAUUGGUCGUCCGUACGUUUAUGGAUUGGCCAUUCAAGGUGAGGAGGGAGUACGCCAUGUGUUGAAGAGUCUCCUAGGAGAUUUCAACUUGACUCUCCACCUGUCGGGGAUCGUCUCAGUGUCUCCUGAGCACCUGAAUCGAUCGGUAUUGCGCCGGACAGAUAAAUAA